GGGCCGGCAUUGGGAGCCGCAGAAGGAGGGCGUGGUAAUAUGAAGUCAGUUCCGGUUGGUGUAAAACCCCCGGGGCGGCGGCGAACUGGCUUCAGAUGCUUCUGGGUCGCGGUGUGCUAAGCGAGGAGUACGAGUGUGUGAGCUUGAGAGCCGCGCGCUAGAGCGACCCGGCGAGGGAUGGCGGCCACCGGGACCGCGGCCGCCGCAGGCACGGGCAGGCUCCUGCUUCUGCUGCUGGUGGGGCUCACGGCGCCUGCCUCGGCGCUGGCCGGCUACAUCGAGGCUCUUGCAGCCAAUGCCGGAACAGGAUUUGCUGUUGCUGAGCCUCAAAUCGCAAUGUUUUGUGGGAAGUUAAAUAUGCAUGUGAACAUUCAGACUGGGAAAUGGGAACCUGAUCCAACAGGCACCAAGAGCUGCUUUGAAACAAAAGAAGAAGUUCUUCAGUACUGUCAGGAGAUGUAUCCAGAGCUACAGAUCACAAAUGUGAUGGAGGCAAACCAGCGGGUCAGUAUUGACAACUGGUGCCGGAGGGACAAAAAGCAAUGCAAGAGUCGCUUUGUUACACCUUUCAAGUGUCUUGUGGGUGAAUUUGUAAGUGAUGUCCUGCUAGUUCCAGAAAAGUGCCAGUUUUUCCACAAAGAGCGGAUGGAGGUGUGCGAGAAUCACCAGCACUGGCACACGGUAGUCAAAGAGGCAUGUCUGACUCAGGGAAUGACCUUAUAUAGCUACGGCAUGCUGCUCCCAUGUGGGGUAGACCAGUUCCAUGGCACUGAAUAUGUGUGCUGCCCUCAGACAAAGAUUAUUGGAUCUGUGUCAAAAGAAGAGGAGGAGGAAGAGGAGGAGGAAGAGGAAGAUGAAGAGGAAGAGGAAGAUGAAGAGGAAGACUAUGAUGUUUAUAAAAGUGAAUUUCCUACUGAAGCAGAUCUGGAAGACUUCACAGAAGCAGCUGUGGAUGAGGAUGAUGAGGAUGAGGAAGAAGGGGAGGAAGUGGUGGAGGACCGAGAUUACUACUAUGACACCUUCAAAGGAGAUGACUACAAUGAGGAGAAUCCUACUGAACCCGGCAGCGACGGCACCAUGUCAGACAAGGAAAUUACUCAUGAUGUCAAAGCUGUCUGCUCCCAGGAGGCGAUGACGGGGCCCUGCCGGGCCGUGAUGCCUCGUUGGUACUUCGACCUCUCCAAGGGAAAGUGCGUGCGCUUUAUAUAUGGCGGCUGCGGCGGCAACAGGAACAAUUUUGAGUCUGAGGAUUAUUGUAUGGCUGUGUGUAAAGCGAUGAUUCCUCCAACUCCUCUGCCAACCAAUGAUGUUGAUGUGUAUUUCGAGACCUCUGCAGAUGAUAAUGAGCAUGCUCGCUUCCAGAAGGCUAAGGAGCAGCUGGAGAUUCGGCACCGCAACCGAAUGGACAGGGUAAAGAAGGAAUGGGAAGAGGCAGAGCUUCAAGCUAAGAACCUCCCCAAAGCAGAGAGGCAGACUCUGAUUCAGCACUUCCAAGCCAUGGUUAAAGCUUUAGAGAAGGAAGCAGCCAGUGAGAAGCAGCAGCUGGUGGAGACCCACCUGGCCCGAGUGGAAGCUAUGCUGAAUGACCGCCGUCGGAUGGCUCUGGAGAACUACCUGGCUGCCUUGCAGUCUGACCCGCCACGGCCUCAUCGCAUUCUCCAGGCCUUACGGCGUUAUGUCCGUGCUGAGAACAAAGAUCGCUUACAUACCAUCCGUCAUUACCAGCAUGUGUUGGCUGUUGACCCAGAAAAGGCGGCCCAGAUGAAAUCCCAGGUGAUGACACAUCUCCACGUGAUUGAAGAAAGAAGGAACCAAAGCCUCUCUCUGCUCUACAAAGUACCUUAUGUAGCCCAAGAAAUUCAAGAGGAAAUUGAUGAGCUCCUUCAGGAGCAGCGUGCAGAUAUGGACCAGUUCACUGCCUCCAUCUCAGAGACCCCUGUGGACGUCCGGGUGAGCUCUGAGGAGAGUGAGGAGAUCCCACCGUUCCACCCCUUCCACCCUUUCCCAGCCUUACCUGAGAACGAAGACACUCAGCCGGAGUUGUACCACCCAAUGAAAAAAGGAUCUGGAGUGGGAGAGCAGGAUGGGGGACUGAUCGGUGCCGAAGAGAAAGUGAUUAACAGUAAGAAUAAAGUGGAUGAAAACAUGGUCAUUGACGAGACUCUGGAUGUUAAGGAAAUGAUUUUCAAUGCCGAGAGAGUUGGCGGCCUCGAGGAAGAGCGGGAAUCCGUGGGCCCACUGCGGGAGGACUUCAGUCUGAGUAGCAGUGCUCUCAUUGGCCUGCUGGUCAUCGCAGUGGCCAUUGCCACAGUCAUCGUCAUCAGCCUGGUGAUGCUGAGGAAGAGGCAGUAUGGCACCAUCAGCCACGGGAUCGUGGAGGUUGAUCCAAUGCUCACCCCAGAAGAGCGUCACCUGAACAAGAUGCAGAACCAUGGCUAUGAGAACCCCACCUACAAAUACCUGGAGCAGAUGCAGAUUUAGGUGGCAGGGAGCGCGGCAGCCCUGGCGGAGGGAUGCUGGUGGGCCGGAAGAUCCCACGAUUCCGAUCGACUGCCAAGCAGCAGCCGCUGCCAGGGGCUGCGUCUGACAUCCUGACCUCCUGGACUGUAGGACUAUAUAAAGUACUACUGUAGAACUGCAAUUUCCAUUCUUUUAAAUGGGUGAAAAAUGGUAAUAUAACAAUAUAUGAUAUAUAAACCUUAAAUGAAGAAAAUGAUCUAUUGCAGAUAUUUGAUGUAGUUUUCUUUUUUAAAUUAAUCAGAAACCCCACUUCCAUUGUAUUGUCUGACACAUGCUCUCAAUAUAUAAUAAAUGGGAAAUGUCGAUUUUCAAUAAUAGACUUAUAUGCAGGCUGUCGUUCCGGUUAUGUUGUGUAAGUCAACUCUUCAGGCUCAUUCACUGUCCUGGCUUUUAUUUAAAGAAAAAAAAGGCAGUAUUCCCUUUUUAAAUGAGCUUUCAGGAAGUUGCUGAGAAAUGGGGUGGAAUAGGGAACUGUAAUGGGCACUGAAGCCCGUGAGGAGACCCUCGCAAAAUGAUGUGAAAGGACCAGUUUCUUGAAGUCCAGUGUUUCCAAGGCUGGAUACCUGUGUGUCUCCAUAAAAGUCCUGUCACCAAGGACGUUAAAGGCAUUUUAUUCCAGCGUCUUCUAGAGAGCUUAGUGUAUACAGAUGAGGGUGUCCGCUGCUGCUUUCCUUCGGAAUCCAGUGCUUCCACAGAGAUUAGCCUGUAGCUUAUAUUUGACAUUCUUCACUGUCUGUUGUUUACCUACCGUAGCUUUUUACCGUUCACUUCCCCUUCCAACUAUGUCCAGAUGUGCAGGCUCCUCCUCUCUGGACUUUCUCCAAAGGCACUGACCCUCGGCCUCUACUUUGUCCCCUCACCUCCACCCCCUCCUGUCACCGGCCUUGUGACGUUCACUCAGAGAAGACCACACCAAGGAGGCGGCCGCUGGCCCAGGAGAGAACACGGGGAGGUUUGUUUGUGUGAAAGGAAAGUAGUCCAGGCUGUCCCUGAAACUGAGUCUGUGGACACUGUGGAAAGCUUUGAACAAUUGUGUUUUCGUCACAUGAGUCUUUGUAAUGCUUGUACAGUUGAUGUUGAUGCUCACAGCUUCUGCUUUUUCUUUCUUUUUAUUUUAAAUCUGAAGGUUCUGGUAACCUGUGGUGUAUUUUUAUUUUCCUGUGACUGUUUUUGUUUUGUUUUUUUCCUUUUUCCUCCCCUUUGACCCUAUUCAUGUCUCUACCCACUAUGCACAGAUUAAACUUCACCUACAAACUCCUUAAUAUGAUCUGUGGAGAAUGUACACAGUUGAAACACAUCAAUAAAUACUUUAACUUCCA